AUGGCUGUCAGGAGUGACUCAACCAGACCUUUGUCGCCUGGCCAAGUCCGCAGUGAUAAAAAACAAGAAGAGAUGGGCAGGCCUCAAAGAAACCUUCGGCUUUAUGGAUGUGUCUUCCUUCUUUUAACAAUCACAGCCGUGAUAAUCACACUCAUUUUCACAGUUUUUCAGAUCAAGGAUCCGGACAUCAAGGUGAAUUCGGUUACAGUUAAACAACUGGUAUUUGCUAAUAAUGGCGGUGUUCCAGGCGGUCGGAACAUCACACUUGUGGCUGAUGUUUCGUUGAAAAAUCGUAACGUGGCUUCCUUCAAAUUCGGUAACACCACCAGCACUAUUUCCUACGGCGGCGUAGUGGUGGGUGAAGGGUGGAUUCCUGCAGCAGUUUCCAAGUCAAAACGAACCCUUCGAAUGAACGUUUCCAUGGAUGUAAUUCCUGAGAAAUUAAUGGCUGUUCCGGGUUUUACGGCUGACGUGAUUUCAGGAGCAUUGAACAUGACGACUUAUACUAGAGUUCAGGGGAAGGUGAAGCUCUUGAAGAUCAUCGAAGCAACAAUGGUGAUGAAGUUGAAUUGUACGGUCGUGUAUAAUAUUUCGAGCCAGACGGCUGAAAGCCACUGCAAGCAGCACCAUUAG